GAAAAACAGCAGAAAUCACAAGACUGCUUGAGACAGAGACCUCAUGCGAGUCAUAUGAACUGUUAUUACAGAUGGAAGGAUGAGGAGGAGCAAAGGAGAAAAAAGGAGAUACAUUUCAAAUGCAUCAGGACAACAAGAUGGGAGAUGUGUUGUGUGUAAGUGCUGUCAGACCAGGAUGCUGCAGCUGCUGUUCGGAGAGAAGGGGCUCCCAACAUAUCCAAGGCCAUCAGCACACAGAAGCAGCGUCUACAGCAGAGCUAUCGGAUGUAAACAGAGCACCCCUUCCUCUAUGCUCACUGCAGCCCCCGUGGCUCCACACCCUCCAGAGUUGGAGGUGCAGGACGCAGAGGCCUUGGAGUCACCCUGAUUCCUUCCAGGAGCAGAAUGUUGUGGAGCGGUUCAAAUGGCAGAGACAAGGCAUCCCGUUUGGAGCUGCCACAUCCUAUGUACAUCUUGAGAAGCUGUGUGAAGGAUCCUGUGCAACUGUGUUCAAGGGGAUCAGCAGGAUCAAUGGCCAGUUAGUGGUGUUGAAAGUGAUCAGGCUGGAGGCAGAGGAGGGAGUGCCCUUUACAGCCAUUCGGGAAGCUUCUCUUCUCAAGCGUUUGAAACAUGCCAACAUUGUACUGCUUCAUGACAUUAUCCAGACCAAGGAGACACUAACAUUUGUCUUUGAGUACAUGCACACAGAUCUAGCACAGUACAUGGGCCAGCAUCCUGGAGGACUUCAUUCGUGCAAUGUUAUGCUCUUCAUGUUCCAGCUUUUGCGCGGCCUGGCUUACAUCCACCAACAACACAUUCUUCACCGUGAUCUGAAACCCCAGAACUUGCUCAUCAGUUGCCUUGGUGAGCUCAAAUUAGCCGACUUUGGCCUUGCUUGUGCCAAGUCCAUCCCCAGACAGAUAUAUUCCUCUGAAGUGGUGACACUCUGGUACCGUCCUCCUGAUGUGUUGCUUGGAGCUACAAAUUAUUCUUCUGAUCUAGAUAUCUGGAGUGCAGGCUGUAUAUUUGUUGAAAUGAUCCAGGGCCAGCCAAUAUUUGCAGGAACUUCUGAUAUUCAUGAACAGCUGGAGAAGAUCUGGGCGGUAUUGGGAGUCCCAACUGAGGACACCUGGCCAGGACUUUCCAAGCUCCCCAACUAUAACCUAGAACUGGCUGCUUCCAGGAGACCUCAGAGACUCCAAGUUAUCUGUGACAGGCUGAGCAGGGUGUCAGCAGCAGAGGAUUUAGCCUUCAAGAUGCUUACAGCCUUCCCUCGAGGCCGGAUCUCUGCGCAAGAUGCGCUUCUUCAUGGCUUCUUCAGCCCUCUGCCUCCUCAGCUCUAUCAAGUUCCUGCUGGACAAUCAGUGCUCACAGUUCCAGGAGUGAGGCUGCAACCUGAAAUCUGUGACCUGUUUGCUUCUUAUAGAAAAGGCCAUCUCUCAGGAGGUUCAAGCAAGUUUUGGCAGAAAGCAGGGAUGAUUGACUAAUUCUUGGAAAGCAAUGUCAGAAAGAUUGACUUGGCAACGAAGAUGUAACAGCACAGUCUGGACACUGGACUUGCAGAAUAAACUCAGCCAUGUGUCACUUAAUAGAGAGAUCCCUGGACCAGAAGAUCAAUGUACAAACAGGACAGAUGGGGACUGACAAUUGAAAGAAUGUAGAGGCUGAUCCAAGGCUUACAGAGACCUGUCAUUCCUGGGGUUUGCCUACAAUCUCCUUCAACAAAAGAGCUCCUGAGGGAAGGAGGGGAUUAGUCAAAAGUUGAGUGAAGUCUCCAGGGAAGAUGGUUUCUUGGAUAAAGUUGUCAACAAAAGGAAUUGUUUAAGACUAUUUGUUAUAAUUUCCUAGAGGGAGCUUCUGCCACUACUAACAGGAUUACCAGCAUACUGGUUUCACACCAGCAGAGCAUUAGACAUGUGCAUUGCAGACUGGUUGCUUAGAGCUGAAUUCAGGGGUCUUCUUAUACUGGGUCCCAAAUGUGUGCAGGUGUUGAUGAGCAGAGGGGAGAUGGCAAAGAAUUA